GCACCUUCCCUAUUCUGAGCGAGUUUUCGAUUACUUCAAAAUAAAAAUUUUGACUAUUACAUGAAUCACCUAAAUUUGUAAUGGUUCGCCCCUUGAUUAUAUGAUUCCAGGUAGUGAUAUAUUGUACCAAGAUGUAUACCGCCCUGUUUUCGGUAAAUAAUCGUUUCAAAACAAAAUAAAACGAUGGGCUGUGUUUCAGUGCACUGAGUUGACCCUGCGAAGCGUUCGAAUAUAUUCUCAAUUCAGGAAAAUCUAGCUGAUUUCGGAAUGAAUCCAUUAACGAACAUGAAAAAUGUGCUCAAACUGAGCGAACAAGACAUAAAAUUUGGCGGAAAAAACUCCUGGCACAAUCAGUACAAGGACAGCGCUUGGAUCUUCGUGGGUGGACUCUCGUCGGACCUAACGGAGGGAGAUCUGCUGGCGGUGUUCUCGCAGUACGGAGAAAUUGUCAACAUCAACUUGGUGCGAGACCGAAAGACGGGCAAGUCGAAAGGAUUCUGCUUCAUUUGCUUCGAGGACCAGCGGUCAACGAUUCUAACGGUGGACAACCUAAACGGAGUCAAGCUGUUAGGAAGAACGCUCCGGGUGGAUCACGUAGCCGACUAUAAGCCUCCCAAAGACGACAAAGCGGAUGAGGAAACCAGAAAGUUAUAUAUGGAGGGAUGUGCACCGAAAUAUAGCUGAUAGUUGUUUAUUGAAGUAUAGUUUUGUAAAUUGUGGCUUUAAUAAAUUUAGUAGAAAUUUACCAUGG